GAGAAUCUGGGAAGGGGAUCCGCUGUGCAACAUGCUGGUGGGGGCGCAUGUUGCCAUUGCUGAUGGUCCUGCGAUGCUUCUUACAAAUUUGCCGGAAUUUACUCUUUUCCGCGGUCGCUCUGCGCAUCAUCCCACCGAGCUCCGUACCGGACUCCGUCUCACGAAUGUGCGACGCGCAGCGGCUUAAAGCAGCGAUCGCCGAGUGCCCGUCAUUGAAUGAGGGGGAUCAGCACUCCGGACAGAAACUAUCCGUGAGGUAUCGGUUGGGGUAGAGGAUGUGUCACUAAUCCAGGGACGGAGCCCCCAGCUUUAAUGAAUCUUUCGCAGAGACGGAAAGUCUUCGUGAUCAGCUGUUUCCCGUGGACUUGUCUCCAGUAACAUGGCUCCGUCGAACGCGAGAGCUUGUCUCAAGUUCCAUGAUGAUUCCACACAGCAUGAGAAGUGAAAUCCGGUCACAAUGUACAGGAUCGUGGAAUAAAAGAAGUCGCUACAGGAAUUUAAUGGGACUUCAACGAUGAGACUGAGGGUGUCCUUACACAAUCUGAGGGACAGACGCAAACGCUGGCCUCAGUACCCCUUUUUUCUUUACGGAUUCUGUGGCUCUGCUUUUCCUUAACGUAAAAUGUAAGAAAAAAAAAAAUGGCCGCCUCGGGGUUUUGAAAAUUAUGUGAGAUAAUCAUUUUAUAUCGAAAUAAAAACUUCUAUUACCAGCACAAAGAUAUCUGAUAUCUACAGGAAAGAACAAAAACGUGGAAAGUACCCUCAACCAUGGUGCUGCCGCCCCCAGACAAGCGGCAUGUGUGUCUCACCACGAUCGUCAUCAUGACCAGCAUGGCCUUCAUGGACGCUUACCUGGUGGAGCAGAACCAGGGUCCCAGGAAGAUUGGGGUCUGCAUUAUUGUGUUGGUCGGGGACAUCUGCUUCCUCAUCGUGCUGCGCUACGUCGCCGUGUGGGUGGGUGCCGAGGUCAAGACGGCCAAACGUGGAUAUGCUAUGAUCCUCUGGUUCCUCUAUAUCUUCGUGCUGGAAAUCAAACUCUACUUUGUCUUCCAGAACUACAAGGCAGACCGGCGCAAUCUAGAGACGGUGGCCCGCAAGGCCCUGACGUUGCUGCUGUCCAUCUGCGUGCCGGGCCUGUACCUCAUCCUGGUGGCGCUGGACAGCAUGGAGUAUGUCAGGACGUUCCGUAAGAAGGAGGACAUGCGUGGACGCCUCUUCUGGGUGGCCCUUGACUUGCUGGACAUCCUGGACAUCCAGGCCAACCUGUGGGAGCCGCAGCGGACCGGGCUGCCCAUUUGGGCCGAGGGCCUGAUGUUCUUCUACUGCUACAUAUUGCUGCUGAUCCUGCCUUGUGUGUCCCUCAGCGAGAUCAGCAUGCAGGGCGAGCACGUCUCGCCGCAGAAGAUGAUGGUGUACCCCGUCCUGAGUCUGGUCACCAUCAACGUGGUCACCAUCCUCAUCCGGGCCGUCAACAUGGUCCUGUUCCAGGACAGCCGGGUCUCCACCAUCUUCAUUGGCAAGAACAUCGUGGCCAUCGCCACUAAGGCCUGCACCUUCUUGGAGUACCAGCGGCAGGUGAAGGAGUUCCCCCAGAACGCCAUCGCCAUGGAGCUGCAGCAGAAUUCGGUGGCCCAUAACCAGACCUUGCCCAAUGCUACCAGCCUGCCUGACGAACAACCUCCUGUGCAGGAAAUUGUAGACUCAUGACCAAAGCAGUGUGCUUUUUCACAUUCAUGUCCUCUGCCCUUGCAGUUUACUUGCUAGCCUCAAUUCCAGGGAAUUGGUAUUACAGAGUGUUUUUAUUAGAAAAAUGUAUUUUUAAGAAUUUCUCUGGAUUGAUAGGGCGGUUGUGAAACAGCCUGCUAACUAAGAGAGACAUUGCAGUUGAGCAGCGAAUGGCUGAUAUCCAAGAUCUUAUUUCGUGUCAAUUUGGGGAUUUUUAAGGAUUUUUUAAAAUUCUAAUGCUUUACAAUGGUCCCGUUAUUAUUUAAUUAGUCAGUAUGCUGAUUCUUUACAGCCCUUAAAUGUUUAACAGAGCAGCUGGUGUGGAGGUGGUCAAGAAUAACAAGACACAAGGGGAAGGAAACAGUGGGAGUUUUGGAAAAGGUAGAGACUUUCCAGGGAGGUGCUAGUAUGGGGAUGGCUGGUUCUCUUGGACGGAACCGGAGCAGUUUGCUCUGUGUUCUCGCACCCAAAUGUUCCUUUGACCAGUGAUAUGUCAGAUGAAGGCAGACCUGGUACUUCCUGGACGCUUGUGACAGUGAGGUAUGUGAAUAAGAUGUCUAUUCUUUUACUGACUGGGCAGAAUGACUGCAAUGAGAUUAUUAUGAGCCACCAAACAUAUGUUAACAACCAGGAAGGCGAUGAUAAAGAGUGUGACGGAUUUUAGUGUGACAUGACUGAAGAUUUAUUGCUAUCUCACACCAUUUGUUAUUCUUAUUAUUAUUGUUAUCAUUAUUGUUGUUGUUGUAGUUAUAAUUAUAACUAUUGUUAUUGUUAUUCGUAAUCGUGAUUUUUUUUUUGUUGUCACAACUACAAAUGAUAAUCAUUAUAAUAUUACUAAGAGUGUAAUUAUUUUGUUAUUGUUA